AUGGCGAAGCGGCAGCCCAAGAGCCCCGAGGUGCAUUUCUUCCUCGCGCUGCACUUUCUCCGCGAGCAUCAACCCGCCAAGGCAUUGAGUGCGUUUGAAGCGGCAGCGGCAGCAGUGGCAGCGCUGCCGGAGGAGCGGAUGUCUCAGCCCAGGAGGGACCUGCACUCCGCUGCGCACCGCCACAUGGCGCAGGCCGAUAUGAAUGGGUUGGAUGGGCUACUUGGACUGGCUGGGUUGGAGGUGGAGGAAGUGGAGGGGAGGGAGGCGAAGCGGGUGUGCAGUGCUCUGGACAUGUUCGCUGCUGUGGCUGACCUAGAGCUGAGGAGGGAGGAGAGGCUGAGGCAGGAGGAGGCGUGCAAGUUGCGUCAAGACAGUGCGGAACAGGACGGAGGGGUUGAAGGUGGGGUUGGUUGGGGAGGGGCGUUUGUGGCAGAGGGGAAUGUGGGGGAAGAAAGGGUGCCAAUGAUGGAAGAGGAAAGGAGUGAGGCGGUUGAGGAGGAGGAGGCGGAAGGGGAUGAGGAGGAGGAGAAGGAGCAGGAGGAAGACGUGCAUGUGGGGCAUGAAGCUGCUUCUGUCCUGUCCUCCUCUCACCUGCUCGCGUUCCCUUUUCCUUUGAUCGUUGUUACAGGGGAAGAAGGAGCAGAGUUGGCUCCAGCAGCAACGGGCACAGCAGGAGCAGAUGCAAGCAUAGAGGGAGGAGAUGGAACUGCAGCAGUAUCAGCGGCUGCAGGGGAUUUGGCAGGGGUGUCAGCGCAGCAGUGUGCGACAGCAGCAGUGCAGCUGCUACCGAGUUGUGCCUUCCUCUGGUGCAACCUUGCCCAUGCCGCCACCCGCACAGGCAGCUGGAAGCAGGCUGCGAAAUGCAUGUCCCAGGCCCUGAAAUUGCAGCCAUCCAGUGCUCCUUUACGCUUCGCAGCAGCAGCCCACCGCAUUGCCACUGCUGCUGCUGCCCCUAUGCCUCUGGCCCUCGCCUCCCAGCACAUGGGCUGCGGCGUUGCAGAGAUGGCAGACGCGGCGGGACUGCCGGGGCUAGCUCAUGGGUCGAAUGACAUACCAUAUGUUUCACGUGAUGGUGCUUCUGCCAUCAUUUUUGGAACUGGUGCUGCUGCUGCUGCCGCUGGUGGUGGUACUUAUGGUGCUGGUGCUGGUGCGUUUGGUGCUGUUGGUGGUGGGCAUGGUGGAAAUCGCAAGUGCAUGCUGGGCCAUGUGCCCGAGUGGAUGGCAUGGGACGCAGUGGCGCAUGCACACGCAACCCUUGAACGGAGAGCGCUCCAGGAGAUUGUGACUAAAACGGGGGCGUUUGUGGUGAAAGAGGAGGCGGCCGUGACUGUAACGGGGUGUGCUGGAGAAGGGAGUGUACAGGCAGAGGAGGAUGGGAUGAGGGAAGAGGGGGAGCUUGAGGCCGAGGGGAGAGGGAAGGGGUUGUUAGCGAUGCUCGGUGCAGCAGCAAGGGGUGAGGGAGGAACUGGGGAGGAGCACGAGGAGGGGAGGUGCAAAGAAGAGGAGGAGGCGGGUGGAAGCGGGAGUGGGCAGGAGGUGAAUGAGGAGCUGGCAUGUGCGGUGGUGCAGGCAGAGGAGCUGAAGCUGGCAGCAUGGAAGAGACAGUCUCUGAUGGCGGCAGAAGGGCUGGGAACCGGAGCUCAUCAGCUGGGCGUGCAUGCACUGCACUCUGCCAUUCACUCACUUGGUUCGGACAUGGGAGGUGCUUCCGCGAUGAGAGAUGCUGCACACAUGGGAGAUGGAACCGCAAUGGGCGGUGCUGCUGCAGGGAUGGGAGAUGCUGAGCUAUCUUCCACGGGGCACUUUUCAGCAGCUCGCUCGCACUUCCUCAGAGCCCUCUCACGCCACCAGCAAUCCGCAGCCACGUGGACUUCCCUCGGCCUCUGCCUACAGCUUUCUGGCCGUCUUGACGAAUCCGAAGCAGCGUAUACCCGCGCACUGCAAUGCCCAUCAUCGCUGCCUCCUCACCACUCCACCGACCCAUCUGCUUCUCCUCCUCCUCCAUCUCCACCUCCUCCUCUUGCGUCUGCUCCCCAUGUGACCUGGUGCAAUCUCUCUCUGCUUCUGCGAGCCCAGGGCCGUCUCUCUGCCGCCCUCUCGGCUGCACACAACGCCCUCCUCCUCGCUCCCGCGCACGGCCCCUCCCUCUGCAGCUUCGCCCUGCUCUCUGCCGCCGCUGGCCGCUGGAACGACGCUGUAGACGCGUUUCAGCGAGCAAGUGAGGCUCUUGGAGGAGUACAGAAAGGUGUGGAGAGAGGCGAGGUGGUGGGGGAGGGUGGAGGGGUGAUGGAGGGGCGGGGUGACGUGGGAGAGGAGUGUGGGUUCGGUGUUGGUGAGGUGGUGGGAGUGGGUGAGGCGGUGAGAGACGCUGUGAGGGUGAAUCUGCAGGUGGCUCUGAAAUGGCAAGCACGGGCUGAGGAGGAAAGGCAGAAGGUGGAGAGGAAGAGGCAGGAGAGGGAGGAGAGGGAGAGGCGAAAGGCUGAGAGGGUGGCAAGAAAGGAAGCGAAGCGAGUGCGAAAGCAGGAGAGGCUUGAACGGCGGGCGAAGAAGGAGCAUGACAGGAGAGAAAGGGCGGAGAAGCGUGACGCAAGGAAGGUGCGGAGAGAGCAGAGGAGGAAUGAGCAAGAAGCGCUGCUGCGGAGCAAACAGGAGCAGCAGAAGCUUCAGCCUGCGGCUCAUUCUGAGCGUCUCAAUUUCUUGGGUGCUUCUCCAGCUGCAGCUCCUGCUGCCGCUCCUGUAGCUGUGUCUCCUCCUGCUGCUUCUGCUGCUUCUACUGCUGCUGCUGGCGCUGCUGCUUCUUCUCCUGCUGCUGCGGCAGGUACUGCUGCUGUUCCCAAGGCAGCGCUUAUGGAUCUGAACGAGAUGUGCGAUGAUGAAGCAGACGCUUCCUCCUUGGGUGCAACGCCUGCUGAAGCAGCUGCACAUGGUGCUGAGAAUCCCAGAAACGAUGACGGUGCUGCUGCUGCUCCCUUGGGUCCUCCACCAGGGCAGCAAGGAGCAGCGGUGGGCGUGGCAGUCAGGGGCGAAUCAGGUGGGGCGAAGGUAGCGUCUCAGAGCAAGGACUACCAGUCCUUAACACACAACGUCGCAGCGUCUGGAUUCUCAUGGGAGGUGUUUAAGCUCCCACGACCUGUGACUCUCCCGUCGAAUGGUGCCACGCUGCCCGCUGCUGCUGCCGCCAUGCCUCCUUUCAACUCAGGGCCUAACGGCCUGCAGCAGCAGCAGCAGCUCCCGCAGCCCUGGCAGCAGCAGCUGCAGCAACCACGGCAGCCAUGGCAUGGGCGGCAGCACUUCCAGCAGCAGCAGCAUCAGCAGCAGCAGCAGCAGCACCAGCAACAGCAGCAAGAGGCGCAUAGAUCCAGCCAAGCUUUGGGUGGGAUGCAGCAAUUGAGUCAUGUGGUGCUUGAGGCAGAAAAGAGGAAGCGGGAUCCUAAUGGGACCCCGCAGAUCCUUGGAUCAGCAGUGGACGCGUCUAAGGGUAAGGAGGCGGAGAAGGCGGCCAGUGGUUCAGGAAUGGGGUGA